AUGACGCCACUGGAAACCCGACCAAAAGAGAAGCGUCGGCAGAGGUUGCUUCAAGGCAUCCAGCGAAUGUCUUCUUCGCCCUCUUUACAGCAGAUUGGUCGUGCUAGAUCCUCCAGCUCUCCCUAUGGCACCAAGGGCAGCUUAUCAUGUGUUAGCCUCGCAGCGACUUCGCCAUUUGGACAAUAUCCUUCCGGCAGCGUCACGCCAGGGUAUUUCUCAAAUGGCCAGUCUUCUAUACCUGGUAGCCCGACGGCCGAGCUCCCUGCGUUCGAUGGGAUUGAAACCCGUAUAGCACGUAAAGUUGCCAAUGUGUCUACAACACAUUUAAAUCCGACUACCUCCUCCCUGCCAGUCGAAUUUGCGGCUACGAGGUCUAGAUCCGGUACGGUCCGAAAGCCCCCCUUUGACUUCUGGGCUAAGAUGCCCGACGAAAUUCGAGUCCAUAUCUUGUCGUAUCUCCGACCGAAGGAGCUCGUUCGCAUCUCACGCCUGAGCAAGGACUUUCACAAAUUCUGUUUCGACGGCCAGUUGUGGACCCAUUUCGAUGCUACCGAAUUCUACAUGGAAAUACCUGCAGAAGCUCUGGCUAAGAUUAUACUCUCGGCUGGUCCUUUUGUGAAAGAGUUGAAUAUUCGCGGAUGCCUCCAAAUCGAGCAUUACGAACGGGCCGAGGUCAUUGCCACGUCUUGCAAGAAUCUAAUUAAUGCAACAUUGGAGGGAUGUCGAAAUUUCCAGCGAAACACCUUGCACAACCUUAUUCGAACUAACGAGAAACUUGCCAAUCUAAAUCUUACAAGCAUGUCAGCUGUGACAAACAGCACUUGCAAGAUCAUUUCGCAACAUUGCCCGCAACUCGAGACACUCAAUGUAUCGUGGUGUAAGCAUAUGGACGCACGAGGAGUUAAGAUGGUAGUCCUUGGGUGUCCAAGGCUACGGGAAGUAAGAGCCGGAGAAGUCAAGGGGUUUAACAAUAUAAGCGUAGCGGAAGCCAUCUUCACGACGAACAACCUUGAAAGGCUCGUAUUGAGCGGUUGCACGGAUCUUGAUGACGAGGCUUUCAAGACCAUGAUCCAUGGCAGCCAACCUGAAAUCGAUAUUCUUACAGAUCGACCAAUCGUCCCACCAAGGAGGCUCAAACAUCUGGACCUUAGCCGAUGCUCACAAUUAACAAGUCCAGCAGUGGCUGUAUUGGGUCAUCUCGUUCCUGACCUACAAGGAUUGCAACUGAGCGGAUGUACCUCAUUAACUGACGCAGCCCUCCAACCAAUUCUUGCUUCAACUCCUCGUCUCACUCACCUAGAAUUAGAGGAGCUCUCGGAGUUGACCAAUGACAUUCUCUCCCAACAUUUGGCUAAGGCCCCAUGUGCACCGAAGCUCGAGCAUCUUUCCGUGAGUUACUGCGAAAAUAUCAGUGACACCGGCAUGUUGCCCAUCAUGAAAAAUUGUGUCAGCCUCAAGAGUGUGGAUAUGGACAAUACACGAAUCGGUGACUUAGUACUCACAGAGGCCGCUGCUAUGGUUAGGUCUCGGUCAAACCGAACAUCGACGCGUAGUUCGCGUCCUCACAUCGGACUGAAACUAAUCGUGUACGAUUGUCAAAUGGUCACGUGGACAGGCAUCCGGGAGAUUCUGUCUUGGAAUGCUGAAAUUCGGCAACCACAUGAGAGUUCGGCAACAUACCCAACCGAGAUUAUCGGUCUCAAAUGCUUUUAUGGGUGGCAACAGACGGUAGAGCAGCAUACGCAACGGGUCCUGAAGGGCGACUUCGCCGCCGCUGCGAGAUUAGAGAGGAAGUGGGCAGAUUAUAUGCAAGCUGUCGAGGAGGCAGGAGCAGCCGGUGCCGGAUCUAGACGACGGAGACGACGGGCUCGAGAGGCGCAAAUGCUACACGAAGACGAGCAAGGAGGGGCUGGUCGCCGCCGAGCACGGACCGUGGCGGCUGCUUGCGCCGUCAUGUAA